AUGAACUCUCUCCCGCCCUCUCGCCGACCGUCGCUGGCCCCGUCAGCUGGCUCACGCUCCUUCAAUCGUCGAGUCUCGGCACUCUCCCUCUCGGCCGCCGAACAAGGAGAUGACACCCGCGUCAAUCCAGAAGACCAGGUCGUCGCCGAUGAGAUUGACGAGAUCAAGCGCUAUGAAGACUUCACUACAAUAGAUUGGGUCAGGGAUGCAGCUAGGGAGCAACAACGCCGCAAGGCCAAGCGACAAGAGAGAGCUGGUUUCUUUGAAAGAGAAGGUCGCUUAGGCUGGAGGAGGAGACUAUGGGAGGCAUAUGAUGCUGGUCAGGCCUGGCUGGUUGUCACCUUGAUUGGUACUGCUAUUGGUCUGAAUGCUGCCUUCUUGAAUAUAGUCACCGAAUGGUUGUCUGAUAUCAAGUUGGGUCAUUGUACAACUGCCUUUUAUUUGAAUGAGAGCUUCUGCUGUUGGGGUGCCGAGGAAGGCUGCGCAGAAUGGCGGCCUUGGAGCUCCCAUAUCAUCUUCCGCUAUGUAAUAUACAUCAUUUUCUCCACCGCUUUUGCGUUCACCUCUGCCAGACUCGUCAAGUCGUAUGCUCCUUACGCUGCUGGUUCUGGAAUCUCCGAAAUCAAAUGUAUUAUCGCAGGCUUCGUCAUGAAAGGCUUCCUCGGCUUCUGGACGCUCCUCAUCAAGUCUAUUGGUCUACCUCUUGCUAUUGCUUCUGGCCUGUCAGUUGGCAAAGAAGGUCCAAGCGUUCACUAUGCUGUGUGUACAGGCAAUGUCAUCUCCCGCUUCUUCGAUAAGUACCGGAGAAAUGCUGCAAAGACUCGAGAGAUUCUCAGUGCAUGUGCUGCUGCAGGUGUAGCCGUGGCUUUUGGAAGUCCAAUCGGUGGUGUUCUCUUCUCUCUUGAGGAAAUGUCAAACUACUUCCCACUCAAAACACUAUGGAGGAGUUACUUCUGUGCUCUGGUAGCGACAGCAGUUUUGUCCGCCAUGAACCCCUUCCGUACAGGACAGCUCGUCAUGUUCACUGUCAGCUACGACCGCCAGUGGCAUUUCUUUGAAAUAUUCUUUUACAUCAUUCUAGGUAUAUUUGGCGGCCUGUACGGUGCUUUUGUCAUCAAAUGGAACCUCCGCAUGCAAGCCUUCCGAAAGCGCUACCUUACUCAAUAUCCUAUCCUCGAAGCGACUAUACUCGCCACAGCCACAGCUAUUCUUUGCUACCCUAACAAAUUCUUGAGGAUCGACAUGACAGAGAGUAUGGAGAUUCUCUUCCUCGAAUGCGAGGGAGGUCAUGACUAUGAUGGGUUGUGCGAUCGUCAAAACCGCUGGUCGUCUGUGUUCUCUCUGCUCAUUGCUACAGUCCUUCGCACCUUCCUGGUCAUCAUCUCGUACGGAUGCAAGGUACCAGCAGGUAUUUUUGUGCCCUCUAUGGCUAUUGGAGCAUCUUUCGGCCGCAUGGUCGGUAUUCUUGUCCAGGCAAUGCAACAAGCGUUCCCCAACGCCGCUUUCUUCUCAGCUUGCCAGCCUGAUAUGCCAUGUAUUACACCUGGUACAUAUGCCUUCUUGGGCGCUGCGGCUGCUCUGUCCGGUAUCAUGCAUAUCACUGUAUCUGUCGUUGUUAUCAUGUUCGAGUUGACAGGAGCCUUGACAUACAUCCUACCCACAAUGAUUGUUGUAGGUGUUACGAAAGCAGUUAGUGACCGCUUCGGAAAAGGCGGUAUUGCAGACCGUAUGAUCUGGUUCAACGGCAUGCCCUUCUUGGAUAACAAAGAAGACCACGCCUUUGGUGUACCUGUUUCCACAGCCAUGACUAGCGAGUUGAAAGCUUUGCCUAUCUCCGGGUUAGAGGUCAGAGACAUUGAGAAGUUGUUGGAAGACACCAAAUACUCUGGCUACCCGAUUGUCGAAGAUGCAACUUCAAUGAUGCUGGUUGGCUAUGCUGGCCGUACUGAGCUUCGCUAUGCUCUCGACCGCGCAAGACGUGAUCAGAUGGCAACACCACGCACGAAAUGCUUCUUCACCCCAGUCGCAGGGCAUGUACCGAUCACACCAUCCACGCCCAAUCCAGCAGUCCACUUCGACUACCUGAGCGCAUCAUCAAAUCAAUCAAGUGUUGACCUGAGCAAGUUCAUCGAUGCUACACCUAUUACAGUCCAUCCUCGCCUCCCUCUGGAGACAGUGAUGGAACUCUUCAAGAAACUCGGACCUCGAGUAAUCCUUGUCGAAUACCGUGGCAGGCUCACUGGACUCAUCACAGUGAAAGACUGCCUGAAAUACCAGUUCCAGGCAGAAGCUCACGAGAACCCUAAAGACGAUUCUGCUCUGAGAGAAGCACAGGACCGUUUAUGGGAAGUCAUUAGAAAGACGGCUGGAUGGAUAAGCAGCCGACUAUCAUUCUUGAAGCGUCAUAGUCAUGUUCGCUUGCCAUCAAAUUCUGAUGGAGGUAUUACACCAAGGACUGGGACAUCAGCAGAAGGUCGAGCAGCGGCAAGAAAUGGCGAUGUAGAGUUAGAACACAGAACAUGACACCAUGUCUGAUUUCAGUGAUAAAAAGCAAAACACUACUCCAAAGCAAUGAUCACAAUUUCAUGAAAGGCAGAAGGGACGAAUGGUCUGG